GCGCAUGCGCACACGGGGGCCGCCAGGGACUCGGCCUCCUCGUUACGAGUCCGACAGAUUUUUUUUUUGUUUUUUAAAAAAGUAUCCAGUUCUUUCAAAAUAAAGCCAUCGUUAACGGUAGCACCCGGCACUUUACCGAAUACCCGUUUUCGUCAUCUUGUUUUCUGGGGGAGCUCCUUGAAGAAAUGAACAAUAAAUUCCAAGCCCUGAAAGAUGAUGAUAGUGGAGACCAUGAACACAGUGAAGAGAGUGAGGCAUUGAAAGAGAAAGAAACAGAAAUAUGUGACCAGGAAAAGACGCAAAGCACAGCCAAACGAAAGGCAGUGACACCUGGAGCUGGCGAGCACCCUCUACAAUAUAACUACACCUUUUGGUACUCCAGACGCACACCGAGCAGACCAGCCAACACCCAGAGCUAUGAACAGAACAUUAAACAGAUUGGAACAGUUGCGUCAGUAGAACAGUUCUGGAGGUUCUACAGCCACUUAGUGCGGCCGGGUGACUUGACAGGACAUAGUGAUUUCCACCUCUUCAAAGAGGGUAUCAAACCCAUGUGGGAGGAUGAGGCCAACAAGAAUGGCGGUAAAUGGAUAAUACGCUUGCGCAAAGGCCUGGCAUCCCGAUUCUGGGAGAAUAUCAUCCUGGCCAUGUUGGGAGAGCAAUUUAUGGUUGGAGAGGAGAUCUGUGGCGUUGUGGUGUCAAUUCGGUUUCAAGAAGAUAUAAUUUCAGUGUGGAACAAAACAGCCAGCGAUCAAGCAACUACCGCUCGGAUACGUGACACAUUACGCCGUGUGUUGAACCUACCGCCUAGCACCAUUAUGGAGUAUAAGACGCACACAGACAGUAUCAAGGACAAUUCAAGCUUUCGGAACACGAAGAUUGCAGUAUAAUGUGGAAUUCCACAGAGGCAGCACCUCAGUCUGGCAAGACAUCUGAACUGCAGCAAUGGAGUGUCAAAGAAAAGAGGGAUUGGUGUUAGACACCCUGUCACCUUGAAUUUAUUUAUUGCCCAUUAGGCAAUUACAAAUCCAAAUGAAAGCCAUUUUAUUUCUGUGCAGGUUUUUUCCCGUCUGUUGAGCGCAGCAGGUUUAAUGUGGAACCUUCAGUGGGUUCUUGUUAGCCAUAUUAGAGUGGAAAGCUGCAUCUUGAGACUGGCUCUUUUUACAGGACUUAGACUAUCAUUAUUCAUUCUGCUCUGCCCUCAUUGGUAGGCCCUGACCUCAUGUAUAACUACAAGGUCUGAAUAGAUUUGUCAUGUUAAUCCUUCAAUUGCUGGGCAGAACAUUUUUCAUGCUACCUGUUUGAAUUUUCAGCUUCUGUGUUAGAAUAAGGACUAAAAUGCACAUAGUCUUUUAGAAACAAUUUUUCUAAAGUGCUUAAAAUGGCACUAUGUAAAUAUUGUGAAAAGACUGAACAUGUUACUAUGAAACUCCUUCAUCUUAGAGAGCUGUCGACCCAAUUAAAAUAAAUAAGUUAACUUUUCAUUUAAAAUAGUGCACAAAAGGAAUUGAGUGUUACCAAGUUAAGCUCUUUUCUUAAAUAAUUUCAAUGUCACUGUUCCCCAAAUUAACAGUUAUUGUAUUGUCACAAUAAAAGAAAGUAACAUUUU